CGUAACAGUGGGCGUCAUGUUCGCCAGUAAGGCCCUCGUGCAACUACUGGCCAACCCCUUCGUUGGACCUCUUACCCAUAGAAUCGGCUACAGCAUCCCCAUGUUCACCGGUUUCAUCCUGAUGUUCCUGUCUACUUUGAUCUUCGCCUUCGGUCGUUCUUAUGGUGUGCUGUUCGUGGCCAGAGCUCUCCAAGGCAUUGGUUCCUCUUGCUCCUCCGUUUCUGGAAUGGGCAUGCUGGCUGAAAGAUACCCUGACGAUAAGGAGCGAGGAAACGCGAUGGGCAUAGCUCUCGGAGGCCUGGCGUUGGGAGUGCUCAUCGGCCCCCCAUUCGGAGGCCUGAUGUACGAGUUCGUUGGCAAAACUGCACCGUUCUUGAUGCUGUCGGCUCUGGCUUUGGGAGACGGAU